CGAACGGAGUUUCUGGACUGAAGUCAAGAACGUGGGGUUAUUUCAUUCCACUUGAAUGCAGCAUUAAUUGGUUCAUCCCUUUGUACGUCAUACAUUAGCGGUUCAAGGGUCAAGCCUAUUGUAUUUGCGUUGUGUACAAAUGGAUCAGAGGAUGUACACGAGAUUGUUCUGUGUGGAUAUCCUUAAAAAGGCAUAAUGCAUCAACCUCUUCAGUCUGGCCAGCUCCUGGACACUAAGCAAGUACUUGGAGAGCACCUGUUUGCCAAGGUCUCUGAAUUGCAUGAUGGGAAGACCGACCGCAUCACAGGAAUGCUUCUGGAAGCCACGAAUGAAGAUGUAAUGAGGAUGCUAGAGGAUGCUGCCUUUCUCAAAAGAAGAAUAGAGGGCGCUCUCCGAGUCAUAGACGAGGAAGAUAAAUCUAUAGGUGGAAAGGAACAAAUUGGAGAAGAACUUUAUUCUCAUAUAUCGAAGAUAGAACCGAUUCAGUGUGCAAAAGUAACAGGAAUGCUCCUAGAGUUGGAUGUAAAAGUGAUACGACGCUUGCUCGCAUCACCCUCAGAGCUAAGGCUAGCCGUUCAGAAGUCGCUCAACUCCCUUAAGGCCGAUGGAAGCUGUAGAGACCAAAUUGGAGAGCAUAUCUAUGGGAUGGUGGCUAGUGAUUACACUGCGGAUUCUGCUGCCAAGAUCACAGGGAUGCUGUUGGAGAUGCCAGAUGCACAGCUUCAACAGAUGAUGGAAGAUGAAACCCUUUUGAAAGAAAAGAUCAGCCUUGCACUAGAUGCUCUCUCUCAGCAACAGCCAAGGUGACAUAAUGAUACCUGAAGAAAGUCUUAAGUUAUGCAGGUAAAUUAACUCCUUAUCAGCAAGUGUAAUAUGAUUCUUUACCCAAACAAUUCCGUGAUGUUGGAAAUACUCUCCAAUGGACAAAGACUUGCAACAGGUACUGUCUUCACAACAACCUAGAUGACCUCUCGACACUCCUAACCAUACAGCCAUACCAAGAGCACUCUCUGACCAAGACUUGCAACAAGCACCGUCUUGUGAAAAACCAAGAAGAUGUCUUGCCACUCACUAAUUCGAUGAAACCAGGAAUCCGGUCUUUGGGACAGAAGACUUUCAGCAAAUACUCUGUCUUGUCAUCAACCAAAAUUACAUCUUGAAACCCUAACCAUUCUGCGAUACCAGGAACACCAUGCUAGGGACAAAGACUUGCAACAAAUGCCCCAUAUUGUCAACAACCCAGUUGACAUCUUGACACCCCUUUCCAUACCCAGAACACUCCGUUCUUGACCUCCUAGGGAUAAAGACUUGUGGCAAAUGCUCUGUCUUGUCAACAACCCAGAAGAUGUCCUAACACCCACAACUACUUGGCGUUACCAGGAGCACUUUCCUGAAGACUAAAGUUUAAAAAUCUUGGGGCAACGAUCCUUUGCUUAUGCAUGCCUCAUACUGUGGAAUAGCCUUCCUGAAGACAUAAAUAUCUUGUUCCUCAAAAUGUUCUUAGAGGCUUUCUAUUCACUUCUGAAUUCUUUAUGCGCUUUCAGCACUCUACAGAGUGGAUGUGGCCAUUUAUAGUUUACAUAUUACAAUUAUUUUCAUUGAGACUGUGUGAGUGCAUUCCACUUGUUAUUUGAACCAUGUCAUUGUGUUAUUGUGGUAUAGCACCCUUUUCAUAUUUUGCAACGGGUUUGUAAUACCACAAAAUAUUGCAAUGUUCAGUGAAAGUGCAUAUAUUUUCCUUUUAGUUUAAGACUUUUUUCCUUAUUUUUUUUCUUCAGUUCCUCUUGUAUAUGAUUUAAUGUUGAAUGUGUCAUAGAAAUUUAUAUUAGAUACCGGUACACAAUGUGCUUUGUACACUGCGAUAACUGAAGUGUUAAAAUUAACACCAUGGGUGUUGAAUUUUAUUCUUUCUUGGAAUCUAUAUCUGCCACACCAAAAGAAUAGAUUUACACCAUAUUCUUGGAAUCAAAUUGAAUUGACCUAUUUUAAAUUGGACCUUAAAUCACAACACACAAUAUUACAGAGGUCUACUCCUCAAAAUUUGUGGCAGAAACCCCCAAAUCUGAAAAAUUUAAAUCUGAGGUCACAUGGUAAGGUCAGAGGUCAUUUUCAGGUCAACGUUAAAGUUUACAUGCAAGACUCU